CAAACUCUUAAAACUAGUUUUUGUUUGUUUUUGCGCGUUGUAUCUGCGCGAUUGGGUUCGCCGGCGUUCUUAUCUCGCUGCAUUCUUGAACACUAUUGUUGCUUAGAACACAGUGUCAGAACCAUGUUCGUAUCGUGGCACAAAACGUGUAGCCAUUUUUCGUUGCAAUCAGUCGUGUAUUUGUAUAAAAAUGUUAAUUUUCAAUCGGGAAACUAUAGUGCUAUUAGUUUGGUGUUUUCCGGUCAUUGCAAUCCGCGACGAGUGUUAACAUAAAUUAGGAAUCAUUAGAUUCGCAUCGUUGAUCGGAAAGCAAGCGAGCGAAAGCAGCGCGCGCGAGCGAGCGGAAGAAAAAGCUCGACAAAAGCCCAACCGAGAAAAAGUCGACAAAAGCUCGAAAAGAAUACACGAAGACGAAGACGAGAAAAAACGAGGACGUCGAAUAAAUGUCCACACCGAUGUACCGCUUCCGGAACCGAGUGCUGCUAAUUGACUCUUAGUGUGCGUUCCGUCCAGUUAGUGGUGCGCAGCGAAUUGACCGGACUUAUUAUCGACUGAUUUUCUCCGCCGGAGUUUCGGCGUCCGCGCCGCGUCCCGACUCCCGGUGGUCGUCGCCGCGGACGAUCCUAACGCCUACGCGUUCUACGUCGGUGUGACUAAGUAGUGAGUGUGUGUACAUCAUGACGAAAAUGUCCAAGUUUCCCAUCGCGAGACUGCUGGUCCUCAUCGGCGUGCUUUUUCAAGGAUCCCGGCAGGCCACAAUCAAGGUGGAUCCGGCAUCGCUGCCCACAUUCCAGACGCCCAGCCAGGUGUUCAAGAUCGUCGACAAGGAGACGGUGAUCCUGCCAUGCGAAGUAUCCAAUCCUGGUCAUUACGUACUGGCGUGGAAGCGUGGCAUUGCCGUGCUUUCCGCCGGCAACAUGAAAGUCUCGCCGGAUCCGCGCAUCAGCCUUGUGAACGGCUACAACUUGCAGAUCAAGGAGGCAGGACCUCAGGAUGCGGGUGACUAUGUCUGCCAGAUCGGCACGCUGGAACCGAGAGAGAUUACGCACACGGUGGAAAUUCUCGUGCCACCAAGGAUACAUUACGUGUCGUCGAACGGACGCAUGGAGGUGAAGAAGGGCACGUCGGUGCGGCUGGAAUGCAAGGCGUCCGGCAAUCCGGUGCCGAAAAUCACGUGGUCGCGCAGGAAUAAUUUACUGCCCGGCGGCGAGCAGACGACCGUCACGCCCGUCCUCGUCCUCGACUCGGUGGACAGGCAUCAGGCCGGCGUUUAUCAGUGCACGGCGAGCAACGGCGUCGGCGAGGACGUCACGCAGCAGAUUGUCCUGCACGUGCUAUAUCCACCAGAAAUUUCCGUUGAACGCCCGGUUGUACACUCCGCAGAAGGAUACGAAGCCCAACUGGUGUGCAUUGUGCACGGCGAAAGUCAACCAGAGGUUUUAUGGUACCGCGACACGAUGCAGCUGGACACGACCGAGCGCAGGAUAAUGGAGUCGCGCGGCUCGCGGCACACCCUCGUCAUUCGCAAGGUCCAGCACUCCGACUUCGGCAACUACACGUGCGUCGCCGACAACCAAUUGGGGAAAACGCGCAAGAGCGUUCAGCUGUCAGGAUUGCCAAACACUGCAAAGUUCAGCUCGGCGUCUAGGGGUCAAUGGCGAGACAGCUACAACAUAAGCUGGGCCGUAGAGUCGCUUAGCCCCAUUGUCGAAUACAAAUUGCUGUUCCGUCGCCUACCGGACACACCGCUCACUUCCGAGGAUGGACACCCACAACCCCUGCAUCAUCAAAGCCAGAAGAAGAUCUUUCCAAUGAGGGAGAAUCGAACUCAUACCAGUUAUAUGGGAGGAGGUUUCGGACGUACAUUCUUCGACCGUCGACAUGAGUGGAGGGAUGUAAUCCUGCCGGCCAACGGUAAAGCGACCACCGUCUACAACUCGGGCGUACAGUCGAUGAGUUACCUGAUCAAAGGCUUAGAUCCCGGACAGAACUACGAGGCCAAAGUCGAGUCGCGCAACAAAUUCGGCUGGAGCUCACCGUCGGAGCCGUUCUCCUUCCAAACGACGGACAAUGAUAUGAGCUACCCCGAGCGACCGCAAACCCCACGACAUGUUUACAACGAGAACGAAAUAAGAGACCUGCAUGUGCGAAUACAGUCAUCGUCACCUAGUCCAGGCUCAAUUCAAUAUGGCCGCUUGGACAUCAUGGCUCUGCUUGUCCUCGCCGCACUACUCUUCACUUAAACACUCUAAACAGCGUUGGAAGAUUGUCUUCGCUAACAAUUACAUCCUAACCAACAUACAAAAAAAGAUAUUUUUUGUAAAUCGUGAUUACACACCCACACAAAACACACAUAUGGAUUGUGGCAAUUUUGAAAAUUUUGCAAACUUCCUCGUAGCCUCUUUUGUUUCGAUGUUCUCAAAUCACUAAUUGGAGAUUACACCAAAAACAAACUAUAAACGUCAACAUGUUAAAUGUAUGUAGUAUGAAUAAGAACUCUAACUAUAUAUAUAAAUCAACUAAGUGUCAAUUUUGACAACUUAAGAUAUGAAGAUUUAGAAUAUUAAUUAACUUGCUUUCUUCUCUCAUUAAGUGUGCACAAGUUUUCAAAAUAAUAUGUGUUAUAUGAAAAAGCAACACACUCCUAAGCGAUUAUAAACAAAACCAAAAAAAUAUCUAAACGUGUAAACGACGAGAGAGGCGAACUUCUAAAUGUAGCUUUGUAAAUAAUUUUUUAUUCGGUUUAAUAUAAGCCAUCAAUUGCUUUUGUUUCAUUUGUUUUUUCGCUCGGUGAGCGAAUGAUUAAUUGUUUGCGUUGCUUCGUUGUAAUACUAAGCAAAAAUUGAAUAAAAACAAAACAAAAACGAUUCUUGUAGAAAAUUUAACAUUAAGAACAUUAAUUAUAUUUGAGCGAGCGAAAUGAUAUAAAUGUGCUUAUGCAAUUUUUUCGUACGAAUGACGCGGAAGCUGAACAAAAACGAGUAACACAAAAAAAUAUGAGUAACAUAGUGCCAUAACUAUAAUGUAAACUUUAAGCAAUGUGAGUGUUUAAUGUUUAUUAAUUCUAUAAAAAUAAAUGAAGCAAAAAGUACUUUUAUCGUAUAUAAGAAGGAAUAUAACUGAAACAUACUGUGGAAGAUAUGUUUGCGUUUGACGAGACGCGCAUUUUGUUAAAACACCACCGCCGAGACGACAGACAUAUAACCUAAACCGGAAGCCGCCGGAAAUGCGACGCAAAGAUGGCGCGGGAAUAGAUUACGCUUACGUGUAUUAACGCUGGAGGAGCAAGAGACAGAGGAAGCUGACGAAAUGGUGCAUACCUGCAAACAAAUAAACAAAACACUAUUAGUAAUCAUACAUACAUUGGUGUUUUAACAAACUGUAGCAUUUAGUACGAAUUAUACAACAUAUUGUCCAUUCUUUCCGUACAAGGGUCCAAAAAACAAACAAAAGUUAAAGAAUUACGUGCGCUCCGUUUCCGCCUCGGCUUUGCGAUUACAAACGCGACUUGAGCUGGCAUGCACAAUGUGAUGAAUAUUUCAAACACAUUUAAUUGCUUUUAUCGACAUGCCCGAUAAAUGCAAGACACAGGGGAAAACACUUUAAUGAUAUGAAUAUUGAUUUUCGCCGCUAAUGGAGUUCUCAUUAGGAAAGCAUUCAAUGUUUUAUCAUCGGCUGCAUCAAUUGCAACAACGCGGCAAUCACGGUCGCGUUCAUAAUUAAUCAUCCUCGGUUGGUCAUCAACAAACUGUCAUGCAGCUAAACUUUCUUCUGUUUACACGCGCUUCUGACCAGCACAACAACUUAAAGUUGUUAUGGCAUAAUUCAAUCCGCACAUUGAUUCCCAUCUCCUACUCCUAUACUACUAGAAGUAGUUCUGAAAACGGUUUUCGUCAUUUGCAUGAGAAUGAGGCGUCUGCCAGCAGAGACGAAAUAUUCAUUUGUUUCGUCACGCACGACUCCCUCCGAGGACGUGCGCCGCCCCCGCAAACAAGUCAUAACUUGCCUCAACCGCGCAUUGUUUUCGCAAAGCCCGAGGCGUCCUUCGAAACCUCUUCGAAACAAAACACAAACGAUACACACUACAUAUUAUAUAAAUUAAUAUUUAUAUAAUUAUACAUAAUGUAACAUGAUUCCCCCUCAGUGUGUAACUUGAUGCAACAUAUACGUAAGACACGUAAAUGAAGUACAUAAAUAUAUAUAAAUAUAUAUACAUUCUAUCUCACCGUUACCAGAAAAUAAAAUACAAAUUAUUAUAUUACAGGAGCACACACAGCCACCGAAAAUGAGAGACAUACACACACACAGAAACUCAAAACAUGCGCUCCCCUUCUAUCUACAAAUACUUGCAUAAAUAUAUCUUCGUAACACGUAACGUAAUGCUACUUCUAAGUGUACAUAUUAAAUACUAACGAUAAUGCAGCAAAUGAAAGAAGCAUCAGCGACUAAUGAAGCUGAAUUUUCAAGCAAAUAAAAGAGUAAUGCACACAUCACACAUUCCAUACAGCGUGUUGCGAGUUAUCAAAAGAAAACGAAACGAACGAUAAGGGCAUAAAAAAUAACAUUAUUUAGUGUAUAGGAUGCUUCGAUAACAAACAAAGAAAAAUAACAAUGUUUCGUACACAGUAUUAUCAUAAUAUGAUGUAAAUAAAUGUGUAAAUGAAGAUCAUAUUUUAACAAUUGAACAAUUUCAACCAACUAUACACUCUGUCAGUUUGUUGCGCACGUUUACUUAUUUCUAGUCGUACGUAGUUUAUUAAUGACUUAUUGGCAUCGAUCAAGAAUUACAACACACACACACAAAUAGUUUAUCAGCAUUAUUGAUUAUUCAGGAGUGCGAUUGUAGAUUAAUUCUGCUUAUCCUGAAUGCAAAAUGGCUGAAAUGCAUCUUCUUGAUUGUUAUAUUGAAUUCUAAUUGAAUUGAAUGCAUUAAUUACCGAUUUACAAACACUAUACAUAUGCAGCUUAUAAGUGUCGUGAUAUUAAUCUAAUAAUCAUUUUCACUGUAACGCCCGAAAUGUAGGUAUACAACAAAUGGAGGUGCAAACAAUGGAAGGAAAAUGUAGAUGAAAAUGUUGAUGUAAAAGCGUUUGUGGGCUAUUUUAUAAAAUAUAUUAAUUAAGUAUAAUUAAUAUAAUUAUUAUGAUGGAUGUUGAGACUGUAGCAUUUUAACAAUCAGCGCAUACAUUACGAUGGGUUGCUUGUAAUAUUGAUAUUCUUAUUAUUGACACAAAACCGAUGAGAUAGAUGGAAUUGUAUAAACAGAAACACGAAAGAGAUGCUUAAAACUCAAGCUGGUAACGGCGGGCUGGCGAGAUGUGUACGAUGUGAACAAAAACGUGGAAAGAACUGGGUACUUGAACUGACAGAAUAAAUAUAUUAUACAUAAAAUUAUAUUGAAUAUGUUUAUUACGUGAUUAUAAUAAAUAUAGUUCAUAUUA